AUGUCCUGUGGCUUCUUCAGUGAGGGCAUCUACCCAGGUUCCUACUGGGGCAGUUGGGGAUACCCCCUGGGCUACAGUGUUGGCUGUGGAUAUGGUAGCACCUAUUCCCCAGUGGGAUACGGCUUCGGAUAUGGCUAUGAAACAUCCUCUUGCAGUCCACCUGAAUCCUCUUCCCUUGACAACAUGUGUUGUAACUACUACGGCAACUCCUGUGGCUAUGGCUGUGGAAACAGCUAUAGCUGUGGAUUCAGCCCCUACUAUGGCUGUGGAUAUGGAGCUAGAUAUGGCUGUGGAUACGGCUCAGGAUAUGGCUGUGGAUAUGGAACAGGAUAUGGCUAUGGAUUUAGCCCCUAUUAUGGCUGUGGUUAUGGAACAGGAUAUGGCUGUGGAUAUGGCUCUGGCUAUACGGAUGUGGAUACAGCUCAGGAUAUGGCUCAGGAUACGGCUGUGGAUAUGGCUGUGGAUAUGGUUCAGGAUACAGUCAUGGAUGUGGCUCAGGCUGCUGCAGUUACCAACCACUUUGCUACAGAAUUUGCUACUCCUCCUGCUGCUAA